AUGUCGCAAAUCACAGACGCCGCCAUCCGCGAGGCCAUCACCCAGCGCCUCCAAGCCGUCCACGUUCAAGUAACCGACAUGUCAGGCGGCUGCGGCCAAGCAUUCACAUGCCUCAUCGUCUCGCCGCAGUUCCAGGGCCUCAACUCCCUCAAGCGCCAUCGCCUGACCAACGCUGCUCUCAAGGAUGAGAUUGCUGCUAUUCACGCGUGGACGGCGAAAUGCCAAACCCCGGACGAGUGGGAACGGGACAGGAGCAAGGCAGGUCCUUCUCUGGACGGCACCGUCGGCGGACAGGUCGCUGGUACGACGGCUUGA